CUGCAGAGCUACUUCGCUGCCUGUGAAGACGAGACGCCGGCCAUCAGAAACCAUGACAAGGUCCUGCAGCGGCUCUGCGAACAUCUGGACCAUGCUCUGCUCUACGGCCUGCAAGAUCUUUCCUCGGGCUACUGGGUGCUGGUCGUGCACUUCACCCGCCGGGAAGCCGUCAAACAGAUAGAAGUGCUUCAACAUGUGGCCACCAACCUGGGACGCAGCCGGGCAUGGCUGUACCUAGCCCUCAACGAAAACUCCUUGGAGAGCUAUUUGAGGCUGUUCCAGGAGAACCUAAGCCUGCUGCACAAGUACUAUGUCAAAAGGGCGCUUGUAGCUAGUCACGAUCAUCUGACCUUGUUCUUAACGCUGGUGUCCGGGCUGGAGUUCAUCCGCUUUGACUUGGAUCUGGACGCUCCUUACCUGGAUCUGGCCCCGUACAUGCCAGAUUACUACAAACCUCAAUACCUGCUAGACUUUGAAGACCGCCUGCCCAGCUCCGUGCACGGCUCGGACAGCCUGUCCCUCAACUCCUUCAACUCGGUCACCUCCACCAACCUGGAAUGGGACGACAGCGCCAUCGCUCCAUCCAGUGAAGAUUAUGAUUUUGGAGAUGUCUUUCCAGCAAUGCAGACCAUGCCCAGCAGAGACUGGGAAGAUGGAGACCUCACGGACACGCUCAGCUGCCCACGCUCCACUGCCUCGGAGCCAAACGGCAGCAAGACCUCCAUGAAGAGCCCGACGCAGCGCUACAACCCCUUCAACGAGGAGAAAGCCGACGCGCCGUCCUCCACCGAGACCACGCCGGUGCACACAGCUUCCCAGGAGAAGGCAGAAGCCACCCCUGAAGGAACGGACCAGUCCGAGAGCUGCACGGAGCUGGAGGUCAUCAGGUUAGCCAAGAAGAAGAAAACAGGCAAGAAGAAGAAAGCGAAGCCUGAGGAGCCGGUGAACACCCCUGCACCCAUAGGGCUCGAGACCCAGCAGGCCAGCGGAGACAGCGGCGUGAACGGGCUGAGUGACAGAGAAGACCCGCAGAGAGACGACGGUCCCGCUGCCCCGGCUGGCGAGCCAAGCCCGAGCGGGCAGGAAGAGGGUCACACACGCUCUGCCCUCGGCCAGCUGGCUUUACGCAUCCCCGAGAUGAAGGACACAUCCAUGGAGAGUGUGGGGCAGCCGCUGAGCAAGGUGAUGGACAGGCUCAACGGGCAGCUGGACCCCGGUGGCUGGAACGCCCCUCUCGAGCCCCCCGGGCAGUCCUUUCGGACUGGCACGCCAGGGGAGACCCCGGAUGGAUCGUCCUCUGGCGACUUUAGUGAGGGGAUUUCAGCCCCCAUGGACUUCUACCGCUUUACCGUCGAGAGUCCAAACGCUGCUGCACCAGGUGGUGGCCACCAUGACGCUGCAGGGCCUGGCCAACCGCCAUAUGUUUCUGGUAGCCCUGAGGCUCCUGAAGAAGAAGAAAGCAGAGAGGGAGAAGCAGUUGGGGCAGUAGAGGAGUCUGUAGGGGUGAGCGAUGAACCCCAAACUGGCCAGACAGAAACCGCCAACCCCCAGGCUCUCCAAGAGCCGAAGAAGGAGCAGCCCAGCCCUUCCCCGAGCAGCGCCGAGGACUCCGGUGUGGAUGAAGGGCAGGGCAGCCCUUCGGAGCUGACCCAUCCCUCCGAGUUCAGGGUGGAUAACAACCAUCUCCUCCUGCUGAUGAUCCACGUCUUUCGGGAGAACGAGGAACAGUUGUUCAGGAUGAUCCGAAUGAGCACCGGGCACAUGGAGGGGAACCUGCAGCUGAUCUACGUCCUGCUGACAGAUUGCUACGUGUACCUGAUCCGGAAAGGGGCAGCGGAGAAGCCGUACAUGGUGGAGGAGGCCGUUUCCUAUAAUGAGCUGGACUACAUUUCGGUUGGGCUGGAUCAGCAGACGGUGACCCUGGUGUGCACCAAUCGGAGGAAGCAGUUCCUGCUCGACACCGCGGACGUGGCUCUCACCGAGUUCUUCCUGGUCUCCUUGAAGUCAGCCAUGAUCAAAGGGUGCCGGGAGCCCCCGUACCCCAGUAUCCUCACAGAUGCCACCAUGGAGAAACUGGCACUCGCCAAGUUUGUGGCCCAGGAGUCCAAGUGUGAGGCCUGCGACGUGGUGGUGCGUUUCUACGGCCUCGUUCACUGGGAAGACCCCAUGGACGAGGCGCUGGGACCCACCAACAAUAGCUACACCUCCGCCGAAAACGCGGUCACCAAGGACGGCAUCCUGCACUACAAGGCGGGGACCUCCUACCUGGGCAAGGAGCAGUGGAAAACCUGCUUCGUGGUGCUCAGCAACGGGAUCUUGUACCAGUACCCGGACCGCACGGACGUCACCCCUCUGCUCUCCAUCAACAUGGGCGGCGAGCAGUGCGGGGGAUGCCGGCGCUCCAACACCACCGACCGGCCCCACUCCUUCCAGGUGAUCCUGACGGACCGGCCCUCCCUGGAGCUGAGCGCCGAGAACGAGGAAGACAUGGCGGACUGGAUGCAGUACUUCUGCCAGGCUGUCUCCAAAGGGGUGAUCCCCCAGGGUGUUGCCCCUACACCUUGCAUCCCCUGCUGCCUUGUGCUGACGGACGAGAAGGCUUUCACCUGCCACGAGGACUGCCAGACAAGCUUCUUCCGCUCGCUCGGCACCGUGGAGCUGAUGGACAUCACGGCCAUCUCCACGGAGGCUGGCAAGGAGUACUGUAUCUUGGAGUUUGCUCAGGACCGCAAGCAGUUCCUGCCUCCCUGGGUCCUCUAUUUUAGUUGCACUACAGAACUGGAGAGGUUCCUCUCGGCGCUGAACGCCGCGUGGAGAAACAUCUACCAGGUCGACCUCCUGCACAAGGCCAUUCUGGACGCCGCCGUCAAGAAGAAAUGCGAAGACGCUCAGAGCCUCAUCGACAGCGCCUGGCAGCGCAGCGACAGCCUCUGCCGCGGGCGAGCGGAGCGGGACCCCUGGUGUUAA